AAUCGAAGCAAUUUAUCAGUGUUCUCGCCUUCUACCGAAACUCUGACAAAGUGCGGUUCAUCAGCCGCAGGUGCACCAUUUCUCGCAAUUGUAUGGUGUCCCCUGCUCAUAUCAUGGCUCGGGUAUCGAGUGCGUGCGUUGAUCCCACCGCGAGUUUUCCACGGAGCUUGGUUCUUGCUACGGCCCUAUGGAUAGCCGCACACGGGAUUGCCGAUAGCUAUCGAAGACACUGGCUGAGAUCUCUGCUGUUUCGGAGAGCAUUUAAGCGAGGCACACCAUCUCUCACAGCCAGGCACGAUCUAGGAUCAUCUAGGUUGGAGUCGGUCUGCCCCGAAAGGGUCAUUACUCGGGAUGAUCCAUUGCUUGACUAUGGGUUGUGGCAGCCCGUGGCUACAAGAAUACGGACAAGCCUACAUUUCAAUUUACCUGGGAACCACGCCAAGUGUGAAUUCAGGGCCGCCUAUUCAUCUCGGUCGACCCGCCAGUUUCUUCGGCUUGUGUUUGGUCUCAAGUCUUCAUGCACCCUGCUCUGAUGAACUCGAUCUGCUGUUUGAAAACUGCAGUCAGUGGUCAUGGAAAGUCGGCAGAAUGCGAUUGUCAUUCCAGAAGUCAUAUUUGCCAUCCUGGCUGGAUCGAUUGUGUUCUGGAGAAUCAUCAACAACGUAGUCCUGAAGAACUUAUACAGACUUGCUGACCUGCUCAUCUUUCUGGCUUUGGUAAUGACCA